AUGAACGAAGAAACCACAGCAACACCACCACAACAACCAGCACCAGCACCAGCACCAGCACCAAGAGCAAGACCAACAAUAAGAAAGCCCACAACCUCAGUUUUACGACGUCAAACCCCAAGACUUAGGGACCAUUAUUUAUUAGGAAAGAAACUAGGGCAAGGUCAAUUUGGAACCACAUUUCUAUGUAUCCAUAAAGCAACCGGCGAUCUUUACGCCUGCAAAUCAAUUCCAAAAAGGAAACUUUUAUGUAAAGAAGACUAUGAGGAUGUUUAUAGAGAGAUCCAGAUCAUGCACCAUUUGUCAGGGCAACAAAAUGUGGUGCAAAUUAAGGAUACUUAUGAGUAUCCAAUGUUUGUACAUUUGGUUAUGGAGUUAUGUGCAGGUGGUGAGAUUUUUGAUAGAAUUGUGGUAAAGAGUCAUUAUAGUGAGAAAGAGGCUGCUAACUUGAUCAAGAAUAUAAUUGUAGUGGUUGAGUAUUGCCAUUCCUUGGGGGUUAUGCAUAGAGAUCUCAAGCCUGAGAAUUUCUUGUUUGAUAAACCUGGUGAUGAUGCCAAGCUCAAGACUACAGAUUUUGGUCUCUUUAUCUUUUACAAGCCAGAUUAUUCAAACUCAGAGUGUUUUAUGGAAGCUUGUGUUCUCUUUCUUUAUUCGCUUUAG